AUGCUGGGUGAGCUUCCCCCUAUUGUGGUGUUGCCGUCCAACCCAGCAGACUCUCUUAGACCGGUGCCUUUAUUCGUGCGCUGCACAGGCCUCUACGAGAUUUGUCCAGGAAGCUCCCAUAUCAUUCCAUCACACAUAGACACUCCACACAUUCACACAGUACAAACAACAUCAGACUCACUUCAGACACAGCGAUCACAACUGAAUGUUGCAAAUAAACGAGAUGAAAAAACAGUACCACCACCACUCCCGUCAGCAAAUGUUUCCGAGGAAAAGAACACAGAUAAGUCUAAUGAUGCUAGUACUGGGGAUAAGCUGGACGCCCUAACAGAAAAGGAGGUGGAGGUUCUUCUUCAAGUGUUGGAAGAACGAUUCAAGAAAUACUCCGUUGUGAAACAGCAGACAUCAGAGCAGUACUUAACUCGUAUAGAGACGGAUGUUGACCGUUUUUUAACCUCAAACUAUGGAGGUGGCUCCUCACGUUUCAGUAGUGGUGUAGCUUCCUUUAUAAAGAGUACGAUAAUGGCGAGACUACCAUCACCACCUCCAGGUAAUAGGGGUGAAACGCAAGAGAAGAAUAGUACUAAGGAAAUUACUCAGAACGAGAGUAGUAGUAAUAAUAAUGGUGGUGGUAAUAAUGGAAGUUAUGAUUUACCCACUCUACAAGAGUCAGUCUAUAGGGCCAAUUGUAUUCCUUUUAAUUACUUGGAUGUACGACCGGAAAAUAUGAGGGCAAUAGGUGAAAAUCUUGUAGUACUUCGACAUUGUUUGGAGGAAUAUUUCAGACCGGGAAGUACUCUUCGAAAGUCUCUAUUGGGUCCUGUUUUACGCGCUGUCUGGAGCCAGUCGCUAACCCCGCUGGAGAAUUCCGCUAGUGAGCUCCUGCAAGUGGCGCAGCAAAACGUGUGGCCUCCACUGAAUCAUUUUAUUAGGCGAGAACAACAGCAUGGUGACUCUGUGCAGUGGAACGAGCGUCGUGCUAGGUACGACCGUAUUGUGAAGGCAUUGCAGGAUGACUUGAAUUACCUCCAUACUAUUUACAAGAUGGAUGAGACUGCAGCAACGACUUUGCCCGUGUCCAUGCAGCAGGAGGGUGCACCGGAGGGAUUGUCAGACUAUGUUCCUGUCAGUGGACUCGUGCUUUCACGAUUACACCGACUAGAGAAUGAGCAUCGAACUGUCUGGGAUUUUUGGCGGUCACGGUAA